CGAGUCGAAUUUAUUGGCAGAGCGCGCUUGCGCGCGAGGCCAAUGAAAAAGACGAGAUAAUAAAGUCUGAUUAUGUACGAGUAACAUACUUAGCUUUAUGUUCGACUCGGAAAAUGUAGUUCAUGUAUGUAUUGAAAAUUUGCUGAAAUUUGGUAUAGAUUUCAUUAUUUAAUAACCAGAAAUAACAUAGUGUGCCUUUUGUGUUGUCAUAGAUACGUGUUGUUUGGAAAAAAAUCUGUUGAUGUGUAGUGUCAAUUUUGUUGGGUAUUAACUAAUUCUCUGUGCCCUAAUUAUGAAUCCAGAAGAAAUUGAUGGGUCCAACAGUAUACAACAAUUAGCCUGCAAUGCCAGAGAGAUGCUUUUACCAAGCAAAUCAAAAACUGUAUACGAGGCGGCAUACAGGGAAUACAGAAGGUGGUACUGGGGGAAGAAAAUCAAUUGCACCACGGAAGACUGUAUAUUGGCGUACUUUAAUAGUGAGUUGGUCUCCUAUAAAAGUUCUUCUUUAUGGAGUAAGUACUCGAUGUUACGAUCGACAAUUAAUUUAAAUGAGGGAGUGGAUAUAAGCAAAUUUCCCAGCCUAAUUCCUUACCUUAAAAGAAAAGGAGAAGGUCAUAAAGCUAAGAAGUCUUUGACAUUGGACAGAGAAAAUGUGAAUACGUUUUUGCUGAAAGCUAGUAAUAAAGAACAUUUGUUAAAAAGAUAGUUCUUAUAUUCGGAGUAGCUGGCGGAUGCAGGCGACAGGAAUUAGUUUCAUUGGAGACCACGAAUAUUGAAGAUCAUAAAGCUCACUUUAUAGUCAAACUUGUGGAAACGAAAACAAAGACGGAUCGAUCUUUCAUGAUUGUCAUGACUUAAUUCGAAAAUACAUGGCACUUCGUUCUCCAAAGACACCUCAUCGCAGGUUUUUCGUGAACUACGCGAAAGAGAAAUGCACGGUGCAACCAAUAGGGGUACACAAAAUUGCAAGUGUACCAAGUAUUGUGGCCAAAUUUUUAA